AUGAGCUCCUCUCGGAGUGAAGACAGUUACUCUGAUACUCUCGCCCAAUUCGAAGAAGAGUGGGCAAAUUACAAUCAGAAUUGCCUCGAGCUAAAAGUUCUGUUCAAUAAAGAGCGUUCUUACCUGCGACGAAAUCACAACAACUUUGCUAAAUACGUGAAAAAGACGGUGGCUAAGACCUUUCUGAUGGUAAACGAGGCGGAGACCCUCAUCGACAAGGCCAAGUCUCCCCAUAGCCUUAAGCGGCUUUAUCACAAGAUCAACCAGUCUGGGAAACAACAAAAGGAGUUGGGGAUAUUGAUGAAAAAGUUGAAAGAGAAUGACGAGAAAGUGAAGGAGCAGACUGAUAAGAUCAGACACGAGAGCAAAAACAAGACUGCACCUGGAGAUGAAGGUCCAUCACCAUUUGAAGUUUUCCUUGGAAAGACAAUACCAUUCACUGAACCAUACGACGAGGACUUAUGCAACUUUGAGACUAUUGACUGA